CAAAAACGAAUUUAAUCUUAAAAUUAGCAACAAGCAAAACCUACAAAGAAGUGACAAAAACAAAACCCUUCAGUCUUUUUCCUCAUCACAAUAAUGACUUUGCUUUUGGCGUUACUUAGUCACAAUGUUGUAUUUUCUUUCUCAGUAAAACAUCUUCAAAACACUUCUGAUAUGUAAUUAAGUGGUCCAAUUAAAACAUUGACAUUGCAUUUUCCAGCUGCAACUUCAUAUCCUAUCAUUUGGGGGCAGCACGUCUUCGUUUUCUGCUCAGUUUAAAUCCGUAGAAGAAGAAGAAAAAGCGGAAGCGGUAGAUAAAUCGUGGCGCGGGAAACUCAAGCAGAUACAAUGAUGGAAGUCGGCGAAGCAGCGCAGGACGAGACGGAUUSUUCCUUUCCGUCGUCUUUAAAACUGUACGAAACGCAGUUUUUCGGCUUCACCCCGCAGACCUGCAUGUUACGAAUCCGAGGCGCCUUCAAGGACAGCCUGUGCGACAUUCUACCCGUGGUGGAGAAGGUGUGUGUGCGGCAGUUGAGUAAGGGCCAGUCGGACAUGACCGAGGAGCAGCUCCAGUCCCGGGCCAGAGACUGUAGCCGGAGGCUGCAGCAGUUCAUGGAGGAGCGCUUCAAGCGGCUGUCGGAGUGGAUGGAGGAGCUGCUGAUGAACCGGUGCUUCACCGUGCCACCAAAUGUCCUGCUGCCCGACGACCUGYCACACAAGAAAUACCCCCAGGACAUAGAGAAAGUGCUGAAGCUUGAGUCGUCCAAAGCGGACCUCCUCAAAGCCUACGAGGCCGAGGUUUGUGCCAGACAGGCUCUGCUGGCUGAGCUGGAGGAGCAGAAGGAGGUGCAGAAGCAGCUGGACGAGAUCCUGACGUGGGUCGCGGACCUCCAGGCAGCCUGGGUGAAGGAGGGCAACGGCAACUUUCAGGAAAGUUUCCAGUUGGUGAUGAAGUCUGUGAAGAAACUGCAGGAGGCUGUCAGGGAGGUUCUGGUCUGCAGCAAACCACUCGGCUGAACUGUGUGGGGUUCACGUAAUUAAACAGAUUUAUGUAUUACUGUGAGCUCAGUCGCUGAGUUUACUUUUCUAUUACUGAAACCCGUUCAGUUUCAGAGGUCUCCACCAGAGGGCGCUGUCUGCUUGUUGUGACUCCACUGAGCAGUGCAGGGUUGGAGAAAAAUACAUCAAAAGUCACUAAUUAUAUUUUCCAGCUUUUGUUUUCAGACUUGAAUGUGGUUCAGGGUUAAAACAGGACACUUACUUAUUUUUGACUUUCAAAACAUAAAACAUGUUUAUCUGUGAUUAAAUCAAUUACUGUCACUUUAACUCAUAAACCUGUAAAUAAAAUAAAAAAAUAAACAUUUACCAAAAGCUGGUUUGUGUUUCUCCAACUCUGAACUUUUGAACACAUUUUCUGUCAGAUUUAAUUACAUUAAAUUGUACAUAAUAUUUGAUUACUGAGUUUGUUAUAACGAACAGCUGUUGUAUCCCAUAAAUGUUUUCUAUUUUUAACAAUAAAAUCUUUWACUCUGAAUUAAAAA